AUGGCUGAGAUUCGCCCCCAUAGCCCGCCUGACAGUAUGGCGACGAGUACGACUACUACAUCCGACGAGAUCGAACUCACGAAGCCCAAGGCCUGCCUAGCCGCGCGCAACACCUCGAAGGACUGGACGCGUGAAGAAGAUCCCCAAACCCCUUUACCCCUGAACCCCGAGCCAGUCAGAGCCUUCGCGGCGAAGUGGCGCUCCUACCUGAUCAUAGCCAACCUCUCAUCCAUCAACUUCCUCGGCAACGUCUCGACGGGCCUCAUCAUGACAUGCAUCCCAAAAAUGGCCAUCGACCUCUCCAUCCCAGCACAGACGUACUAUUGGCCGCUCUCCGUCUACGGCCUCACCAGCGGCGCCAGCCUGCUCGUCGCCGGCGCCGUGGCCGACGUCGUGGGCUCCAAGCGCGUAUUCCUGACGGGCAACGUCCUGCAGGCCGUCUUCACGCUCGGCUGCGGCCUGGCGCGCACCAAUGCCCAACUAUCCACGUUCCGCGCCCUGCAUGGCGUCGCCGUGGCCCUAUGCCUCCCGACGUCCGUCGGGCUCCUCACUAGCGCCGUGGCGCCCGGCCGCCGCCGCAACAUCGGGUUCGCGUGCACGGGCGUGGGCCAGUCGCUGGGGUUCUCGUUCGGCCUGGUGCUGGGUGGCGUCUCGGUCGACACGGCCGGGUGGCGCGUGGGCUGGUACGCCGUCGCCGCCACUCUGCUCGCCCUCGCGCCCGUCGGCAUAUACGUCCUUCCCACCGACACUCUGGCGCGGGCGCCGAGCUUGCACGCGCUGCGGACGCGGGUCGAUUGGGUCGGCGCGCUGAUCAUAUCUGGUUCCCUGACUAUGCUGGCGUACGUCCUGCUCCAGCUUUCCGAGUCGGAGGACUCGGUCUACCUCCCUUGUAACAUCGCGUUGCUGGUCGGCAGUCUGGCUCUGAUGCCUGCGUUUGGGUGGUGGAUGAGCAUGGCUGCGCGGUGUGGACGUCCUGUGCUCAUCCCCAAUGGUCUCUGGCGACGUCUGCCCUUCGCCAGCGUCUGUCUGAUGGUGCUGCUGUCAUAUGCCGUCAUGCAGACGAUGCAGCUAUUCUGCACCUUGUUCUUCCAGAGUGUGCAGGGGCUGGACGCGCUGCAGUCGUCUGUGCGAUUGCUGCCGUCGUUUAUCGUCGGGUCUGUCAUUGACUUUUCGACCGGCAUGUUCAUCCAUCGGGUCUCGCCCGCUUACCUGGUCUUUGCAUCGUCCCUGCUGUGUGCCGGGGGGUCGGUGCUGAUGGCACUCGCGGACCAGGAGUGGCCGUACUGGUAUGCCGCGUUUCCGGCUCAGAUUUUGCAACCGAUGUCUGCAGAUGUACUCUUCUGCGUAGGCCUGGUCAUCGUCAGCGAGCUGUUCCCCGACGACACGCAGUCUCUUGCCGGCGCCGUCUUCAACAUGGCAGGGCAGUUCGGCACGUCCAUCGGGCUGGCGCUCAUGGGUGUCGUUGCCGAUAGUGUCACGCGAAGGUCUCGGCAUGCGGAUAAGGAGAGUCCGGAAGCGUUGGGAGAGGGGUAUAGGGCUGCCUUCUGGACUGCAAUGGGCUGGAUGCUGCUGGUGUGCCUCAUUGCUCUGGUAGGCUUGAAGGGGGUUCGGAGAGUUGGACUCGGACUUGGAUGA